AUGUUUAAGGGAAGAAUAGGAGGCAAAACUAAGCUUGGAUAUGUUGAAACCGAUCCUUCAGGUCGAUAUGGACGGUUUAAGGAUGUUCUUGGCAAAGGAGCUAUGAAGGUUGUGUAUAAGGCAUUUGAUGAAAUCGUAGGGAUUGAAGUGGCUUGGAAUCAAAUAAAACUUGAUGAUGUUUUUCAAUCACCGGAUCAACUUCAACGCCUAUAUUCAGAAGUUCAUCUUCUAAAGAACUUGGAUCAUGAUUCUAUCAUUACUUUUCAUGGUACUUGGAUUGAUAUUGAUCGUAGAACCUUCAACUUUAUUACUGAAUUGUUCACCUCCGGAACCCUAAGAGAGUAUAGAAAGAAGUACCCCCGUGUAGAUAUCAGAGCAAUAAAGAAUUGGGCUCGUCAAAUUCUAAAUGGUUUGAUGUAUUUACAUAGCCAUGAUCCACCUGUAAUACAUAGAGACCUAAAGUGUGACAAUAUCUUUGUCAAUGGCCAUAUGGGAAAGGUCAAGAUUGGUGAUUUAGGCCUUGCAGCAAUUCUCCGUGGCUCUCAACAUGCACACAGUGUCAUAGGUACACCUGAAUUCAUGGCACCAGAAUUGUAUGAAGAGAAAUAUAAUGAGUUGGUAGACAUAUACUCAUUUGGCAUGUGCAUGAUUGAAUUGUUCACUUCAGAGUUUCCUUAUAGUGAAUGCUCCAACCCUGCUCAAAUAUACAAAAAAGUUACCUCGGGGAAGCUACCAGAGGCAUUUUACAAGAUUCAAGAUAUAGAAGCCCAAGAGUUUGUUGGGAAGUGUUUGGCAAAUGUAUCGAAGAGAUUAUCAGCAACAGAGCUUUUGUUGGACCCAUUUUUAGCCACGGCCCAACAUGAUCAGUCACCAUUGCUUAGUCCAACUUCACCUCAAAAAAGCAAUUUCAAUGCAAUAAUUGCCAAAGAGGAACUUUCAUUGAAUGAUCAAAGAAAGAACACAUUCAUGACAAUCACAGGGAGUAUGAAUGAAGAAGAUGAUACUGUUUUUCUUAAAGUCAAAAUUUCUAACAAUAAAGGGAACACAAGAAACAUAUACUUUCCAUUUGACACCAUAAAGGACACUGCCAUUGAAGUUGCAAAUGAAAUGGUGAAAGAGCUAGGAAUUAGUGACUUGGAACCAUUAGAGAUUGCUGAGAUGAUUGAAGAAGAGAUCUCAACUAUUGUUCCAACAUGGAGGGAUUGUGAUGAUAAUUCUAAGUAUGAAAAACAACAUAGUUUUAAUUAUGGUGAAGAGGAUGACAAUCAUCAUCCUUUCUUCUCGCCGCCGUCUCGAUCUUCCUCUCAUGGUUCUCUUCCUAUGUUUUGUCCUUCCUUCAACAACCAUGCAAGCCUUUGUGGGAAUCAUUAUCCUCUUGCUCAAGAUUGGUCACAAGAUGAUCAUCAAUACAUGAAUGAUGAUACAAGCUCACAAACCUCAAUGAAUUCCAUCAAGUGUUUCAAUUUCCAUUGCAACGAUUCGUGCAACGAAGACGAACACGAUUCAACUCUUCAAGUAGAAGAAGAAUCAUUUUGUUGCAAUCCAAAAAGCAACAACAAAUGGACAAGAUUUUGUCCUCCAAAAGAGAUGGUGGAGACUGGUUUCACCAAACAGUUUUGCAACAUGAAAAUGGAUUCUCAUACUCAAACUCACAACCAUAGGAAUCAUCAUGGAACAAAGAACAAAUGUAAGAGACUAACAAGGAUUAAUUCAUGUGUUGAUGUGAGGAGACAACAAUUGCAACGAUCAUUGAUGGAGGAUAUGCAAAAGAGAAGGAUGUUCAACACGGUUGAUGCUAUUGAGAAUGUUGGGUUUCAAAAUCUAGAAGGAGAUGGAUGUUUUUCUUGUUGA